CUCCACAUGCAAUCCCCAUCCCAUUCCUAGCUUCCGCACCCCUUGCUUUCCCUCGGACUCACGUUGACCUCCCACAGCACAUUGAGAGAUGGAGGGCCACAAUGCGACGGUUGCCACGCUCGCGUUACAGGUAAAGCAGUUCAGUGCUUCGAGAACACCCUUCAGGAUAUAUCAUGGCUCUACUUUGUCAACACGGCACUCACCGCGCCAGCGGAACCAGAUCAUCGAUGUCAGCUCGCUCAAUCACGUUCUCAAGUUCAACAAGAUGGACAAGACAGUUCUUGUCGAACCGAAUGUUCCCAUGGAUCAGCUUGUAGAUGCUACACUUGCUCAAGGAUUUCUUCCAAAGGUCGUCAUGGAGCUACCGAAUAUCACAGCAGGCGGUGGCUUCGCAGGUACAAGCGGAGAGAGCAGCUCAUUCAAAUACGGACUUUUCGACCGCACAAUUAGAGGAGUUGAGAUCAUUCUAGGAAACGGCGACGUCGUCUGGGCAUCCGCAGAAGAGCAUCGAGAUCUUUUUUUCACCGCAGCCGGGAGCUGUGGAAGCCUCGGAGUCAUCACUCUGCUCGAGAUGGAGCUCGUUGACGCAAAGAGCCAUGUCGAGCUGGAGUAUAUCCCAGUUGGCAGCACAGAAGAUGCUGUCGAACAGCUGAAGCACUACCAACAGCAAACAAACGUCGCGUACAUCGAUGGAAUCCUCUACUCACCAACAAGCGGCGUGAUCAUGAUCGGCCGCCUUACAGAUCAAGCCAAUUCGGCCAGGAUUCAACGCUUCGAUCGCGCAUCGGAUCCGUGGUUCUACAUGCACGCAGAGACUAUCGUAAACUCUCUCGCCGAGACCAGUCGAGCAUUCUCAAGGCCGACUACCUACAAAGAAUACGUUCCCGUCAAGACGUACCUCUUCCGCUACGACCGUGGCGUCUUCUGGUCCGGCCUACGCGCCUUUAAAUACUUCAUCACGCCCUUUAACGCCCUGACAAGAUAUCUCCUCGAUCCGUUCAUGUACAGUCGCACAAUGGUACACGCACUUCACCGGUCCGGCAUCGCCGCUCAAACCAUCAUCCAAGACUUCGCUGUGCCCUACGCCUCAGCCUCGGAGUUUAUCGAAUGGACCGACAAGCGCACAGGUAUCUGGCCGCUCUGGCUCUGCCCCGUCAGAUCCGCACCGCUGUCCGAACGCUCCUUCUCACAGGGCAACAACAUCAAAGACGACAUGCUCCUCGACGUGGGAAUCUGGGAUAUGGGUCCCAAGGACAGCCAUGCAUUCAUCAAGCUCAAUCGCGACUUUGAGCAGAAAGUCACGCAGCUGGGCGGUAUGAAGUGUCUGUAUGCACAUGCGUACUACACUGAGUAUGAGUUCUGGGGUAUCUAUGAUAAAGAAAAGUAUAUGGGGCUAAGGAAGAAAUAUCAUGCUGAAAGUUUGCCGUCGGUGUACGACAAGGUCAAGGUGGAUUUGCAGGGUGUUGCUGGUGGGCCGGUGCAGGAGACGAAUGUGGGUUGGGGGGAGUGGGUAUACAAAGCAUUCUGGGAUACCUGGCCGUUGGGGGGACUGUAUGGGGUUGCGAGUGCGACGAAAGGGUUUUUGGUCAAGAGUGACUUCUUGCUGAAGAAGUAGGUCUUGCUCACUAUCCUUGCACGUUUAUGCGCAUGGCCGGUACUAGGAAUCCCAAUUUAGACUUCACCUUCC